UAUUGGUGGUGUAGAGAGGUUCUCACCUGUUGUUAAAAGCGGUUAAUUAAAAAAGAAAAAAGAAUACAUUUUUUUCUCCUCUUGAGGUUUUUGGAGUGCGUGCCUUCAGGAUGACGGACGCUCUUUUACCAAAUGGCAUCAACGACGGCGGCGGAGACAAAACUUAUUUCAAAAAGGGUUGCAACCCAUUCGCACAGACUGGACGCAGCAAACUGCAGAACACACGAGCCAGUCUUAACCAGCAGAUCAUCAAACAGAUGAGGAUGAGGGCUGGAGCUGAGAAUCUGCUCAAGGCUACAUCUAAUAGCAAGGUGAAAGAAAUGGUUCUCUUGGAGUUGAGCUACGUUAACUCAAACCUUCAGCUUCUGAUGAGCGAGUUGGAAGGUCUCAACAGCUCUGUGGAGGUUUACCAGAACAACCAAGAUUCUGCCAACAUUCCCCUCAUUGCUCUGGGCCUGAAGGAGACAAAAGAAGUUGACUUCUCUACUCCAUUCAAGGACUUUAUCUUGGAGCACUAUAGUGAAGACGGGAAGACGUUUGAAGAUGAGAUUGCUGACUUCAUGGACCUGCGACAGGCAUGCAGAACACCAAGUCGAAGUGAGGCCGGGGUGGAGCUGCUUGCAAAAUACUACAGCCAUCUUCCUCUGAUAGAGAGCCGAUUCUUCUCCCCAAUCAGACAGACAGGCAUCUUCUUCACAUGGUAUGACUCCUUCACAGGAGUGCCACUAUGUCAACAAAACCUGUCACUAGAGAAGGCCAGUAUCCUUUUCAACAUGGCCGCCCUCUACUCUCAGAUCGGUACCCGUGCUAAUCGACAGACACUAACUGGCCUGGAGGAGGCUGUUUCUUCCUUCCAGAAAGCUGCAGGUGUCUUGAAUAACCUUAAGGAGACUUUCACCCACACCCCCAGCUACGACAUGAGUCCAGCCAUGCUCAGUAUGCUGAUUCGGCUGAUGCUUGCUCAGGCUCAAGAGUGCUUGUUUGAGAAGAUUGCACUACCUGGCAUCCGAAACCAGUUUUACUCUCUGAUGAAAGUUGCACAAGAGGCUGCAAAGGUCUCAGAAAUCUACGACCAAGUCCAUCAGUGCAUGAUCCAGACACCAGUAAAAGACAACGUGCCAUUUUUCUGGUCCACCAUGUCACAAAUUAAAACCAACCACUACCGCUCCAUGGCACACUACUUUGUAGCUUCAGCACUGCUGGACCACCAGUUGGGUCCGGGCGAUGAUGAGGACAAGCAGGAGAAGACCUUGUCACAGGUGUAUGAUAGCCUUCCUGAGGGAUGCACUGCUCUGGACAUCUUAAAGAACAAAGAUGAACGUCAGCGGAUUGGUAAAGCUCACAUCCGUCGUGCCAUCUUCGGUCAUGAGGAGGCUUUGAGGAUUUAUGGAUUGUGUAAGAAUACCAACAACUUGGAGGUCCUGCAGGAAAUUUUAAAAGCCAGUCACCAGCGCUCACUCAACAAGCACAGUGAAAAUGAAAAUGAAGAAGAGUUCCCUGAUUAUAUGGAGGCCCCAGAAAUCAUCUCUAAAACAGAACACAAAGCAGAGAUGGAAUUUCCCGCAGCUGCAAAGGUGAAAGUCAUCGACUUUUUCCAGAGGCUGGGCCCGCUGUCAGUCUUCUCGGCCAAGCAGCGGUGGACUGCCCCACGGACAAUACGGGUUCGCUCAGACGACAGAGACCUGGGUUUCACACUGAAAGGAGACUCACCAGUUCAGGUGGUUUCACUGGACCCUCUCUGUGCAGCUGCUGCUGAUGGCCUCAAAGAGGGUGACUACAUUGUUGCUGUGGGUGACACAGAGUGCAAGUGGAUGAGCGUGAGUGACGUGAUGCGACUUCUGAAGGACGUGGACGAGGAGGGGAUUGAUAUCCAGGUGGUCAGCAUGAUGGACAACAGCACUGCCAUGCCUACCAAGAGUGCAACCUUCUGUGGAAACUUGCCUAAGACCUACUCCAUGAUUUGUCUGGCCUAUAAUGAAGAUGACAAGAACUCCAAGUCUCGCAAAGUAGCCAAGAAGUCAUCAUUCCUCAGCUGGGGUUUAAAGAACAAGAUGAAGAGUGCCAGCACCCUCAGCCUUCCCACAGCAGACAAGGCCGGCGCUCUGCCCUGGAAUAAACCUUGUCCCACCUUCCCCAGCUCCAGCUCCUACAACAAUGACAGUGGCCUCUACUGAACUAACUGCAGCUGUUACUGUCUGCAGUACGCAUAUUGAGCCCAGUAUACAGUACUGUGCUGUACCUAUACUGGACCUGUUUUGUGUACUAUCAGUGACCUUUGGUGUUUCCACUGGAAUACUAAGCAGCAGUGUAUGUAGUAUGUUGCUUUGGAAAGUGGCUGUGCCAAAUACUGUAUAUUGGUGCCCUUGAUGGUAUGUGGGUGCUUUCCCAGCACAGUUCUGUAUCUGAUGCAAGUUGCACUGUACGUCAGACACAAUAAAAAAGCAUUUAGUGCCAUUCCAGUAUAUGUACAGCACAGUAAAACUGCACUGUGGGAAAAACUAAAAUAUAUACACACACACACGGAGCACUGAGACUGGCUUCUUAGUUAAGCUGCGAUUUCAGUGUUUUGUUUUGUUUUUGUUUUUUCUGAAAAACAUGCUCCAGACGAAUCGAAGAAGAAAACAAAGUUGUGCAAACACACCCAGCCCCAGUUUCUGCUUGACUGCAAGGCAGUGAUUUGAUUGUGGGUUAAGCACUCCCUUGUUAGUGCCAUUGUGUACAGAGCUGUACACAGUGAGCAUAGCUGUGCAUACUGUAUAUGGGAAGGAAUCUCUUAUUGCCACAGUUUUGUAGAAAUUAGUGGCUGCUGAUCAGUUUCGGGAUUUCAAAUUCAUGGAUUUUAUGGAUGUAGAUUUAAUAAACUAUGUUGCAGUAUGUUAAACAGUGAUUGAGGGAAUGCUAAUAGUAUAGAGGAGUUUUAUUAUGUCUGGGAAGAGAGGUGUGAUGAAUGCAAUAUUAUAUAAGCUGCUAAAAAAAAAAAAAAAUCAUAUGUGUACCAUGGUUAUGUAUUACUGUCAUUUGUAUUUGUGAGACAGUCUUUGAGGACUGUUGUUUCUGCUGAGUGCCGUUCCUGGGACACAGUUUUAAAUGCACAAAUAUUGGUAUUUUAGAUUUGCUUAAUGUACCAGUUAUGCCACAGACCAAUAUGCCUCCAAGUUCCAGAAAUACAAGGAUGUAUCAUUUACCUUUGUGAUUCAUCCUACCCGCUUCCCUAAGAAGAGCAUGACCUGUGUUUUAUUGAUGUGAAUUUUGAUGUAGUUAAAGUUUAUUAUGUCUGUAGAAGGGAAGAAUGUGGGCAGACUGAUGACUUUCCUGCAUCACUUGGACAGCCAGUCACCCUACAGUGACUCUGAUCAAAUCCCACAUUUGGGUUUCUACUCUUUAUCUACCUGUCUUUAUCUUAGUCACAUUCCCUAUUUUACUGACACUUUGCCGUGUUGGACUUUCUCUUUAUCUACAAAGUAGAUUCUUAUACACAUUUGAUAAUCAAAUUAUUUAUGUAAUAAAAAACACAAAAAUAUAUAUUUACCUGUAAGCUGUAGGUUGUAGAGCUACUUUGUGAAUGGUCAAGUUGUGAAUGUUGUUUUGCACGCGAGAGUCCUUGGUUUGUUUCUUGAAUGAAUGUAUUUUACUAGCCUUGCUUAAUCCAUUAGCGAACUUAUAUAUUGCUGCAUUUCAAUGUUUUAAAUUCUAAAAGUUUUUAAGCAGUUUCACUGAGAAGACGUAACAUUCUUUACUGUUUACCUGUUACUUUCUUUUAAGUGCCAUUUAUGCUAAAUCAUGAAGGAAAAUGCCUCACUGAGUGUGUAACAAGUCUGUGCAGUGAAUGCUUCAUAUUUUGUUAAGUGUACUAACAGAUGCAGAGGAUCAUCUUUUUUACAUCUUUGUGUUCAUGUUACAGUGCCUAAUAAUUCUAAAUGCCUUAGUGUAUCUGCAGAGGUUUAUGGUACCUGUUUUUCUAAAGCUUUCAGGUUGCCUUUGUUCCUUUCUGUGCUUGGUCCUGCAUAGCUCUGUGUUGAUAAGUCUUUGUAUGAGUUCAAAUGACAAUAAAAAGGAAUAAAACACAUGGGGAAGAUAAAAUUCAUUAAUUCUGUCUGUGGUUCCAGUUACCAAUCAGGUCGGGAAUGCGUGGAAUGAGUCUUGACCACAUACACGCCAAGU